AGCUGGCGAUAUCGACCGUCUCCCUUUGGCUUGAAGUCCUCUGCUCCACGUUUAUCAUCCCGAUAUGGUGCCGGAUCGCAUUUCGAGAGUCUUCCCUUCUGGUGCGUGAUUUCGCGCCGCCGUGAUUCCGCCCGCGACUGUUUUCAACGACAAUUCUGCGAUGAUUCCGCUGGAGCCUCUGGAUGUUGAUUCGAGGACGCUGCCGGUGCUCCCCCCGCAUAUCCACCCGUGGCUGCGCUCCGUCGUCGUUCUCGGCUUCCUCUCAUUCGUCGCUUCCGUCACGCUGCUCGUCCUACUCGCCUAUCGCCUCAUCAGCUGGCAGAUCAAGUCCAAACGCACAAAUCAAUUCGUCAUCCUCAUCUUCAACCUCCUCUGGGCCGACGUUCAGCAGUCCCUCUCGUUCCUGCUCAACGUUGAAUGGCUCCGUUUGGAUUCGAUCGUCGUCGAGAACCCGAUAUGCUUCGCGCAGGGCUGGCUUGUGUCUACCGGUGAUCUGGGGAGCGGCGUGUGGUGUUUUAUGAUCGGGUUACAUACUUUCGCCUCCGUAAUAUUCGACUUCCGAUUGAAGAAACGAUGCUUCUUCCAGACCAUAAUCGCGUUAUGGGUCUUCAUAUACGGCGUGUCCGCAAUUGGGAUCAUGAUGUAUUCGACCGACUUAUAUGUGCGCUCCGGCGUCUGGUGCUGGAUUCAUCAUGACCUCCAAGAUUUACGCCUCUGGACACACUACGUCUGGAUCUUCAUAUUCGAGUUCGGCAACGUUUUCAUCUAUGCCCUAAUCUACACGAUCCUCAUUCAGCGUAUCCGGUCCGGGUACUACACCGCAGCGGAGGCCAGGCGCGUGAAGGCCGUUUCGAACCUCAUGGUCGUCUACCCCGUUGUUUACGUCAUCUGCACGCUGCCUCUAGCCUCGGCGCGAAUGGCGGCAAUGGGUGGUAAACCGCCCUCGCUGUCCCGGCUGUGUCUCGCAGGAGCUAUGAUCACGUCAAACGGCUGGCUCGAUGUCCUCUUAUACACGCUUACGCGCCGCAUCAUGGUCUUCAGCGACGAACCACCUCCAGACGACAACGGCAUCGACACCUUUGCAGCUUUCUGGUCUGAGUCGCCAAAACGGUUCGGAAAUGGUUGCAAGAUUGAGGCGGUGCUCUCGGAACAGCACAGGAGACGUGGAAAGGGUAUGGUAGCGCUAUCUACCAAGAGCGAUAGCGCCGACGACCUAUGCGGUGUUGGAAGUCGGGACAUCAGACUCGUCACCACGACGCACGUCGUAUCGGAGCCAGCCCAGCCGGCGGAUUACGAAGAAAUGGAGGAAAUAGCAAGGAAGAUGCGGCCGAGGACACCGAUUGGACGAUGGAGCGAGGACAGCGCUGGAAUGAAAGACUUGGAAUUGGCGCACAUACCGGACUGACCGAUCCACUUCCCGCGCGUUUGACCACGUUCCGAGAGUGAUGACGGCCUUCAAGAUGGUUGCUUUUUCUGGGAUACCGAUUCGUGUAAUUGUACGAUGGAAUGGUCUUGCAUUGGGCGGCGAAUGGGUAACAUGGGCAUUUCUGGAGGCAUGGGAACGGUUGCUCUUUCGCAUUUGCAUGGAACAGGGACGAAAUUCGGUCCGGGUAACAAAAUCUUUCGUAGUAAGGUAUGGUCGGCGGACGAGCAUACGUCUGCAA